AGCGGUUGCGGACUACAGUAUUCCUCCAGUGGUUUGGGUAUUGCGUUUCGCCACGGUAAACACUGAGCCGGCCGGGCUAGUUUCGGCGUGACAGACAUAUUUACAGUCAUCUCUGGGGCAGGCCACGCGACACGGAGAGAGCAGGCUCGCCACCGUACAACACGCGUUUGGGAAAGGAACUCGACGUCAAGCCGCCCCGGCGCUCCAGCUGGUGUCAACUCCAAACAACAUGGGCACACAUCACCUCUUGUUGGCUUUACAAGUGCUGGCCCUUACCGCAGCGGCUCAAGCCUAUCGCAGCCGCUGUGACAGGCAUUCGUGUCAUCCGCCGCCCGGGAACUUGGCAAUCGGCCGCCUGCUCCGGACCUCGACCACGUGCGGGGAGAACGGCGGAGAGCACUUCUGCUCCAUCUCCUCCUCCUCCUCCUGCUCCAAGGUGAAGUGCUACAAGUGUCACUCCGGGAGGAAGAACCGCGCGCACCCCCCGUGGCACAUGACCGACACCGGGGCCGGGCACCGCGGCACCUGGUGGCAGUCCAAGAACAACGGCGGCGCAGAGACCAUCCAGCUCGACUUGGAGAGUCGCUUCUACUUCACGCAUCUCGUCAUGGUGUUCCGAACUCCCCGCCCGGCCGCCAUGGUGCUGGAGAGGUCGUCCGACUACGGGAAGACCUGGAGAACGUACAGCUACUUCGCGCGCAACUGCACGGAGACCUUCGGGCUGAGGGAGGGGGUCAACCCCGAGGGGAGCCUGUGUACGUCUCGGUACUCCGCCCCGGACCCGUGUACGAGAGGAGAGGUGAUCUUCAGGGUCUUACCUGUCGGCAGUAACCACAGCAUCAGCGACCCCUACAGCCUACACGCCCAGGACCUCAUGACGAUCACCAACAUCAGGAUGCGUCUUCUCAAACGGCAGUCUUGUAGCUGCCCUACUGAGGAGGUCCAGGAGAAGCCGUACAAGUUUGCCCACUUCGCGGUGUACAACCUGAUCAUCAGCGGCAGCUGCUUCUGUAACGGACAUGCUGACGUCUGCGUGCCCAUCGAUGGCAGGAAGGUGGUGGGGCCGGGGGGACAGAGCGCUCUUCUUAAGGUGAACGGUAAGUGUGUGUGUCGGCACAACACGGCUGGAGUGAACUGCGAGCGCUGCGCACCUCUGUACAACAACCAGCCAUGGAAACCAGGCAACGGCAGGACUGGCAAGAAGAACAUGUGUGAAAAAUGUGAAUGUAACAGUCAUGCCGACAGCUGCCAUUUCGAUUUGAACGUGUGGCGAGCGACCAAUGGGAAGACGGGCGGGGUGUGUGACGACUGUCAGCACAACACCAUGGGCCGGAGGUGCCACCGCUGCAGGCCUGGGUACUACCAGGACCCCACCAGGGACAAGGCGCAUCCUCAGAUCUGUAAAAGAUGCGAAUGUGAUCCGGUUGGUACGGUAGACGGCGUUUCCGGGAAGCGGCCCUGCAACAUGGUCACAGGCCGGUGCAAGUGUAAAAACGGGGUCACCGGCACGAGAUGCGACCGCUGCAGGCCGAACUACUGGGGCUUCGGCAAGAUUCGCAACGGCUGCCAGAAGUGUAACUGCGGUUUUCAGGACAUCUGUGAUCAAGAGACCGGGGCCUGCAGGCCGAUCAAGAAAGAAACAGAACCAGACUUUCAACAGUACAUCUCACUACAGAGAACAGAUCACUGCAAAUGUCUUGAGGAGACUCUGAAGGAUCCAGAGCUCCUGUGUGACAAGCAUUACGACUUUGCAUUGCGAGCAACAGUGAAGGACGCAGUUGACCUUGGCCAGCAUGUCGCAGUGACUGUCCAGAUCCGCAAGGUCAUUCUCUCCAAGAACGUUUCCGUGGAGAAGGGCGAGGCGAAGGUGUGGCCGACGUCCUGGACGGAGCACGGCUGCACCUGUCCAAUCAUGAACGUAGGCGAGGAAUAUCUGCUGACCGGGUUCGAGGACGUCGACAACAAUCGCUUAAUCGUGAACGAGACCAGCUACGUGAAGGAAUGGGCGCAAGCCACGACAAGAGACAUCACCAGAGUACUGAGGAAGGUCUGCACAUGAUGUAUGGACAAUCAAGUAUAGGGACAUAGACAACUUAAACAUGAAAGAACUUCACCUUUUUCUUAUGCCUCUACAUAAAUAAAGUCAGCACUUUCUGUCUUCAGUUUCAUUUUUGCAGCUGCAAGAUAAGACAAGGCCACAUCAUGUUAUUUGGUUGGUUUUUGGACAUUUUGAAGUAAAAAUUAAGCUAGCAGUCAAUACACAACUUGCAUCUGUGUAUUGACCCCACAAAACUAUGUGUACAGCCCUCAGACAUUUCAAUUUAGCAUUAUUCUUAAAAAUCUAAGAAAAAACAAUAAUGAUGGUGUGGUCAAACAUACAUCUCAAAGUAAGUUAAAGUUUUCUUACAAGAUGCUAUCAUGUUAGAAAGAUGCAAUAGAAUUUUUUUUCAGUUUAAAUGGGUUAUGGUUAGGAUUUCAUUCUGACUUGUAUAUUCCUAUCACUUCUUGGACUUUGUCAGGGGUCUGUGUUCAAUAAAGAGAACCGGGUCAAAGUGUUAUUCAACGAGUUUCAGAAGAAAUGAUGUUACUUACAAAUGUACACCUUUGAUUGGGACAAUGGAUAUUUUCCUGAGUUUGUUGCUCGAAAUUCAAAUUUGUAAAUAAGAUAUUUCUUUAAAAAAUGCGGAGAAAAUUAUUGAUACAUGGGUCAGAAUUAUUAGUUGCCAAUGUCAUGGGGUGUAAAAAUGAUUCUAACCUUUUUACAUUUAAUGAUUUAUGUUGUACGCAAAAAGUACCAAAUACAAAUAGUAAAACAACCUGUUAGAGAGAACAUGUGUGAUUAUUUUAGAUUUUUAUCUGAGCAGUAUUUAGUUAAACUGUUCUUGCUGAAGUAGUAUUUAAUACGACAAACAUACCAACCUUUCAAACAUUGAGCAUGUAAAUAUUAGAAGUAUGUAUCAAUGAUGGGGGUUCUUAUAUAACCAACAGUUGAUGAGCUGUCAGAGAGGAUGUAGCUUACCAGUGGGAACUAACUUACAACACAAGUUAAGACUCAAACACAUAGUUUGGGAACCUACAAUGUAGUCUUUGGAGCACUUGCUAAUGUAUUUCAAUUUGUAAAUAAAAGAAAGCAUUUGUCAUGUGGUUAUGGUUGUUUGUCAUACUCAGUAUUAUCGUGCAACCUUGUCUUGAAGAUGGCAAUAACAUACAUAGAUCAUGAAUAUACGACAGGCUUUUAGCCAGGCAUGCAUCUAGGCGUCAUCUAGAAACGCUUUUCUUAAAAUAACAAGAAAUUGGACUCACCAGACGCCCUUACACGAGGAAGCAUGAUAUUCUGAUUGACCAGGGAUGCCACUUCCUCAUUUGUGAUCACAGUCUUCUACUCUGACCUCUUUGGCAGUAAUUUUGGCCCUCAGGAUACCUUAGAGUUAGAAUACACCACUUGAAAACUCCAUGGAAGGUGGAUGCCCCAAGACCCCACUACAAUAGUCAUGCCUAUAUCAUUUACCAUGACUCACCAAGAAAUUUGGACCCUCUAUAAUAAAAUCCUAGCUAAAAGCCUGAUACAUCUAAUAACACCUAAUAAAUACACGAAAGAGAGGUUCCUGUACAAAAAUCAGAAACUUUAUUUGUGAUUGAAUUAAGACGUCGGUCUGGGAUGACCAAUACUGGGAGACAAUGGCUAAACUUUAUUUAUGUUUUGAGUUUGAUAAAUCAUUGAAAAUUAUCAGUUCCAGUUCCCAUAAUAUUCUGCAAUUCACAUAAUUCUCUGGUAUACAAACAACUGUCUGGCCGAAAAACUUUUUUGGUAAAAAAAAAAA